AUGGAAACCGUUAAUCAAAGAACCAAGAAAAAACCAACAAAACUGGAAGAAAUGACUAAAGAACAAAUUCGUCAAGCGAUUUUAAAGAAGAGAGAGUGUAAUGCCAAAGCCCAACAAAUCGUUGAAAGUCUAUUAGAACGCGGUAUUACAGAUAAGUACUUGCUUCAGUGUCUCCCAGACAUCAACCAAGCACAUUUUGAAGAUGUUUUCGAAGAGAGAUCCAUCAUACAACUUUGUGGGUAUCCUAUAUGCCAGAAAACAUUAUCUGUGAAGGAAAUACCUAAACAGAAGUACAGAAUAUCUUUGAAAACGAAUAAAGUGUACGAUAUAACUGCUAGAAAGAACUUUUGUAGCAACAAUUGUUAUAAUGCAGCUAUGUUUGUGAAGAAACAAAUGCUGACCAGUCCGUUGUGGUUUAGGGAAUAUGAGGACAUGCCUACAUUCCAAUUGUUGAAAUUUGAUGCCAUGGGUGGAAUGGGAGAAGAAGUUGAUGUCAAACUGGUAAGUAGAGUCAAGAUUUUAGACAAAAAACCUUUCACUUCAGUAAAUGAUUUCGCACAUGCAAGUCUUAAAGACAUGCCUGAUGAUGCUCUAAAUAUGGAUACUGAACCUUCAGAAACAAAUCCUUCCAAUGAUAGGAACGGUGAUGCCUUAAAAGCACUUAAUGGACAACCAAAUGACAAAAUAUCACACAUAAAAGACAGUGAAAAAGAAGUAGAAGGCAUCACUAAAGAAAUACAGAAUGUGAGUUUAAAUAAACCUCAAGAAUUAAAGGAUCCCAAACAUACUCAAAAUAAUGAAACAAAUAUGAGUCACAGUGUUACUGAAGUACCAACCCAAGCUCAAAAUAACGCAAUGCAAGAGGCACAAUCAAAAAAUUCAGUAAUAGAGAAAGUGACCAAAAAGAUAAACCAAUACCCUCUAAAUAUUGUUGGAGAAAUAGUAGAAAGGCCUGAAAAGAAAAUUGAUCCAAUACUCUCAGAAUCUAUGGUACCAAAUACCUCUGAAGGAAAUAAAGAGAGCAAAAAAUCAAAAGUGUUACAGAAAAAACAACCGUUGGUAACAACAUUGACUAUUGAAGUAGAGAAGUGUCUAGCUGAAUGGUUCACAUUAGACACUAUGUUACUAUUGUUUGGUGACGAAAAAGUUAGGGAAAUGGUUGCAGAUAAAGGAGAAUGUAUAAAAGAGUAUUUAAAUAAUUACUCUAAAGGUAUAUUCUACAGUUCGAAUGCCUAUGAUCAGUAUCAAGCAUUGUGUAAAAAGCUAAACAUGUUGGAGUUGGAGGAUAGGCAAUAUGAUAGCGAAACUUUGAAACGGAAGACAAAACCGUUGCCGGACUACACAAUGUUACAAGAGGAGAGUAAGAAAAUGAAACUUAAAGUAAAAGCUUUCUUCUCUGGAGAAACUGAGGUAGCUUUACCAGAAGUAGAAGAAACUACACAACAGUUACCUUCGAGUGAGGAUAACACAACAAACCUGCCUUUAGUCGACAAAAGCUCACAGAAUGCUUUACGUAGAAGAAUAGUAUGUCAACAUUUGAACAAAGUAUUACCGGAUUUAUUACGUUCAUUAGGUUUGUUGAGCUUACAAAUAAGUGCGGAUGUACGUUUACUAGUGAAUACUUUCAUGUUGAAAGCAAAUAACAUUAUGUUUAAACCCAUACAGUGGACUUUAAUAGCUAUUAUAUUUAUUAAGCUAUUAUCUUUAAGAGACAAGAGAUUAGAAUAUUUACUAGAACAGCCGAUGGCAUACAAACAUAUGCAACUAUUGUUACUAAGUUAUAAACAAGAUGGUGGAUAUUUGGAUAGACUAAUAUGCUGGCUGACAGAUAUAGAUAGAUUGUUGGAUACAAAUGAUAUGCAGUUAACAAUAGAAUGA